AUGUCUGAUGAUGACCCUGAGGUCCUACUCCAUAACUAUGUGGACUUGCUGGAAAUUUCUCAGGCCAGUUUUCCAGACCUCCAGGACAGUCCCCUGUCUGAGGCAGAGGCUGAUCUCUUUCCUGAUGGAAGCAGCCUAGUCACUAAUGGAGUCAGGAGUACUGGAGCAGCAGUAACUAACCAAUGGGACACCAUAUGGGCACAAGCCUUGCCACAGGGCACAUCAGACCAAAAGGCAGAGCUGAUGGGUCUCACUCAGACCCUACGCUGGGGAAAAGACUCCUCAAAAAGGGUCUCUCUCCACCAUGAGGUGCACACUGGGACAAGUGUCAUUGCUCUCGUGGAAGAAAACAAAACAACUCAUAUCCAAAAAGCAAUCAAGGUGAAAACUGUGACUAACCCUGUGGAUGGUACUGAGCAAUCAGACCUUGACAGAGAACUUUGUAUUAAGUGUGUCAGCUCGGUCACACAGGACAGCAUCUAUAUCGACAAGGAAACAUCUUUCCCUGUCCAUCUCUUUUCUGGAGAAUUCAUGCCUUGCAAAGGAGACUUGUUGCUGGUUGAGUAUUCCAUGAAGCCGGGCACUUCAAACAUGAACAUCCACACCAUGAGCCACUUAAGCUCCCAGAAUUCGGAUGAGGUCUGUGUUACCACUAUUGAUGGAAGAACCGGUGUGGUGGAAGCCAGUAUGUUUUUUACUUUGGAUUCUCUCCAUUCUCACCCUGGUUAUACACCCACGGAGUGGCCAUUCCUUCUAUCCAGAGCCAGGAUGUUGUCUAGGCCCAAGUUGUUGCCAAGGGCCAUGUCCGGGUCCAUGGUCCCACUGUAG